AGUUUCUGUCUUCACAGGGCCUGGAGAUGAGCUGUCACUGUUUCUCAUGCACAUAAAUGCUGUAUUAUUCCUGUGUUUACAGCUGUCUUGAGGUAUCCAGCUGUAUAAGAGACCACUGCUGCAGAAGAACAAUACAUCCCAGAGUCAAACCGCUAUCGCGACAAAUGCGAUAGAAGAGUGUAAGUGGAUUCUGGGAAGAUUAGGACAGGAACGCAUAAGUAAUGUUACAGAAGUGGCGUCCCAUUCUAAAGAUCUGCAAGUGUGGCAUCACAGGUCUGAAUCCACCGGCCCUGCUGUGCCUCAUGAUCAAGUAUUUAUAGAAAAAGCGUGACCUAAAUAACCCAGCAUGCUGUCAGGGCGACGUCCCCCCAAACCAACCCAGGACACAACAACAACAACAACACCUUCUGUUCUAAAGAAGACAAGGUCAGAAGGUCAUGGAUCCGGAAACAUCUGGAGGGAUUUUUGACGAGGAUGUGGCAACCCAGUGCAUGAUCGAACAAAGUUUACUGCAGGGCCACAAGCAAAGCGAGCUGAAGAAGUCUGAUGUUAGCAGGAUUAUUCCAAUCAGCCCAGAGAGAGAGAAGAUUUUCAAUGCUAUUAAACAUGGUGAUGAAGUUUCCCUCCGGAAGCUCACGGUUCACCAGCGUGCGUUCAGUGAGGAGGAUAACACAGGUUUCAUUCCUCUACAUGAGGCGGCAGCCCAGAGCAACCAGAACAUCCUCGACAUCACAUUUACCGCCUCUCCUGUGGAGUCGAAGGACAGAAGGACUCGUCGGGGUAAGACGGCUCUUUUCUUAGCGCUGGAGAAGGGUCUUCUAGACAACGUCUGUUUUCUGUUGGACAACGGCUGUUGUCCGGAUACCCUGGAUGUAGAGGAGGACUCACCUCUGGUUGUAGCCACUAGGAACAACCAUUACGACAUGGUAAAGCUUCUGCUAAACUUCAAUGCCGGAGUUAACCAAGAGGGGGCGCACCGCAGAACCGCCCUGCAUGAAGCCACCCGACUGGGUCUGAGGGAUUUUGUGGUUUUGUUGUUGAAGUAUGGGGCUCAUCCUGACCCCAGGAGCGUAUACGGCCUGACACCUUUAGCAUUGGCAGCACAGGCCGGACAUCUGGACAUCGUUCGGACACUCAUCCAGAGAGGUGCUGAUGUGCAGUCUCAGGCUCAGGACAGCGCUACGAUCCUGUUUGAGGCGUCUGCUUCAGGAAACCCUGAUGUGAUCUCUUUACUGCUGGAGAACGGAGCUGACGCUAAUGUACCCAAACACACCGGUCAUCUCCCCAUCCACAGAGUGGCCCACCGCGGGCAUGUCAAGGCUCUGUCUCUUCUGAUACCCGUGACCUCGUGGGAAGCUGUGGAUGACAGUGGGAUCAGUCCUCUACAUUCAGCAGCCGCUGGUGGACACACAAAGUGUCUGGAGAUGCUCCUCGCUGCCGGUUACGACCCCAACUUCAUGCUGUCCCCGUGGGUACGUCGUAACUAUGACGACAAGCGGCAGUCCGCCCUGUACUUCGCCGUGUCAAAUGACGACGUUGCCUCCACCAGAAUUCUGCUGGAGGCCGGGGCCAUGCCCAACCAGGACCCGGUCAAAUGCCUCCAGGUGGCGCUGCGUCUGGGCAACUAUGAGCUUAUCAACACGCUGCUUCGAUACGGCGCCAACGUCAAUUACUUCUGCCGGGUGAACACAACUCACUUCCCCUCGGCGUUACAGUACGCCCUGAAGGAUGAGGUGGUGCUCCGGAUGCUGUGUAACUAUGGUUACGAUGUAAAUCGUUGCUUUGACUGUCCGUAUGGAGAGAACUCUCACGUGCCUCAUGGUUAUGAAGGCUGGAGUGAUUCGGUCAUUAAAGACACUCUGUUCUGCGAAGUCAUCUCUGUCUCCUGGCUGAAGCAUCUCUCAGGGAAUUUGGUGCGAAUCAUGCUGAACUACGUCGAUCACGUGAGGUUUUGUUCUAAACUGAAGGCCGUCAUCAUGGAGCAGAAACAGUGGCCAGAAAUCUGUCAAAUUCAAGAGAACGUCCGCUGUUUGCAGCAUCUCUGUCGGCUGAAGAUCAGGAGCUGCUUGGGUCGACUGCGUUUACGAGCUCCAGUUUUCAUGAGCUUUCUUCCUCUGCCAGACCGACUGAAACAAUACAUCUUAUACAAAGAAUAUGAUCUUUACAGCCAGCAGAGCCAAACUCAAAGCAGAUGAGCUGAUGCAUUCAGAACAUGUGCCUGCACCUGCACCUUUAAGAUGAGACGGGCUCUGAUGGACGCUGAAAUGUGAAGACUGAAAAGUUUAAAUACUGUUAGGGUAAACAUAGGAAUUUUUUUUUUUUUUUUAUUAAACAAGGGGAUAUUUUUAUACUGUGUUUAUGUGUCUUCAAACCUCUUGAUUCAGCCUGUGGUCUGCUAAAGAAGAUUUGGCAAAGUUACAACAAAAAUGCAGUAAACUCUGUAAAAUCUUUACAUUGUGCAGGUAUGGAGGCCUUGAUUUUUUUUAUUAAUUUGCAAAAAAAUAUAUAUUUUAAAAGUGGUCUUAAAGGGACAGCUCGCCCCAAAAUGAAAAUUCUUUUAUCAUUUAUUCACUCUCAUGUCGUGUCAAACCUGUAUGAGUUUCUUUCUUCGGUAGAACACAAAAGAAGAUAUUUUGAAGAAUGUCGGUAGCCAAUUUCUGAAAAUAUCUUCUUUUGUGUUCCACUGAAAAAAGGGACACACGCAGGUUUGUAAUGAUGUGAGGGUGAAAAACUGACGUCUUGAAUAAAUUUAAGUUUUAAAAGUUCUGAAAUCACUUACACUUU